AUCUUGGGAGAUUCUUGGGAAUAUUAUUUAUUAUUGCUAUUCCUUUCAUCUAUAUAUCCUCUAUAUAUAGUAUUUAAAGCUUAUUUCUCAUAAGAUGAGGUUGGUUUUAAUUUGAAGAUAUACAAAUUGUUGAUGACAAAUAAGAAACACUGAACCAUUCGACGUGCCGGAAUAAUUGACCGGAGGAGCUGGCGGAAAUGCCGACUUCUCCAACGGGAAACCACGGCUCUCCGAUGCGUUUUGUGUCGUUUCGCCGGCCGAUUAUCACUCUAAGGGGCGGCGACCCAGUCCACACGCUGCUACUGGAGCACCACCACAAGUCGCCGCCGGUGCCGGCGUACCCGGAGAUCGAUUCGUUCCAGUCACAAGUCUCCACUCUGUUCCACGACCUCUCCCUCGCCACGCCCAAAGACUUCCUGUCCAUUUCCUGGAUCCGGAAACUGCUCGCCGUGUUUUCCGCUUGCCACGAGGAUUUCAGAUCCAUCGUGUCGAGCAAGAAGAAGAAGAACGCGUCAAUGGCUGCGCCGUCGAAACAGAGGAUCUUAACAGAGUAUUUCGACAGGACUAUCAAAGCUUUAGACAUGCUGAACGCCGCCCGGGACGGGCUGGAGAAGAUCAACGCGUGGCAGAGGCACCUGGAAAUCGUGAUCUGCGCACUGGGCGGCGGCAGAACGGCCGUCGUCGGAGAAGGAAAUCUCCGGCGGGCGAGAAAGGCGCUGGUGGACUUGGCACUCGAGGAUCACAAGGAUGACUCAGCCGGCGGCGGGGUGUUCUCCAACCGGAGCCGGUCAUUCAAACGACGCGCCACCGCGUCCAAGGACCAGAACCGGCCUCCCCUGGCCCACACGAGGUCUCUGUCGUGGAGCGUUUCAAACUCCUGGUCCGCCUCUAAACAGCUCCAGCUACUCGCCAACGCCGUGCAAUCCCCGCCGCGGGCGGCGGAUGUGGCCGCCACCGACGGCCUAGCGUCCCUCCUCCACACGAUGAGCUUCGUCCUGGUUUUCGUCCUGUGGGCCCUCGUAGCCGCCGUCCCCUGCCAGGACCGUGGGACCCACACGGCAAUCGUCAUCCCCCGGCAAAGCUGGAGCAGCCCAUUCCACACAUUACAGGCCAGGAUAACGGAGGAGUCCAAACGGCGGCGCCGGAGCUCAAACGGGUUGUUGAAGGAGAUAUGUCGGAUGGAAGAGGGGGUGAGUCACUUGACCGAGUUCGUCGAGUCGGCUCAGCUCCCAUUGUCUGAAGAACACAAGGAUGAACUCAGGGGGAGAAUUCACGAGUUAAUGUCUGUCUCAGAUGUUUGUAAAAUUGAGCUCAAACCUCUCGAACGGGACAUUCGAGACGUGUUCAGAAAGAUUGUAAGUUGCCGCGUCGAAGGUCUCGAAUUUCAAGAAAACAAGACCUAAUAAAACUUGGAUUUCAUUUCAAAAAGUCAAUCUCAUAAGAGAAAUGUGAGGAAAACUUAUUGGUAUAAGUUGGAUUUGUUUGAUAAGUGUUCAAAUUACCACAAAUUUACUAUUCCAUUAUCAGUAUGUAUUAUGCACAAUUACAAAGAAAAGGAAACAAAUUAAACCACCUAAAGGGAGGGGAAAAAGGUGUGUCCACAUUGUGUGGUUAUGUUUCCCUUCGUUAUUUCCUAAGUAACAUUUAAUGCAAAAAAUUUGAUACAUUUGU